AUGGCGCUGUCCGCCCUCCGUGGGGGCGUGCAGGGCCUCCUGUCGGCGCCAGCCCCUGUGGCUGCUGCUGCGGCUGGUCUUCCUAGCGCUCUGCAGAUGGUCAUUGGCGCCGUGGUGGACGUGCACUUUGAGGGCGACCUGCCGCCCAUCCUGUCGGCCCUGGAGGUGGCCAACCACGAGAUCCGGCUGGUGCUGGAGGUGGCGCAGCACAUUGGGGACCACACGGUGCGCACCAUCGCCAUGGACGCCACCGACGGGCUGAUGCGCGGGCAGGGCGUGAUCAACACGGGGGAGCCCAUCAAGGUGCCCGUGGGCCGCGAGACGCUGGGGCGCAUCAUGAACGUCAUUGGCGAGCCGGUGGAUGAGAAGGGGCCCAUCCCCGCCAAGGUCACCUGGGGCAUCCAUCGCGAGGCGCCGCUGUUUGUGGACCAGGGAGUGGAGCAGGAGAUCCUGACCACCGGCAUCAAGGUGGUGGACCUGCUGGCGCCCUACCAGAAGGGAGGCAAGAUCGGGCUGUUUGGCGGCGCGGGCGUGGGCAAGACCGUGCUCAUCAUGGAGCUGAUCAACAACGUGGCCAAGGGGCACGGUGGCUUCUCCGUGUUUGCGGGCGUGGGCGAGCGCACCCGCGAGGGCAACGACCUGUACCGCGAGAUGAUUGAGUCUGGCGUCAUCAAGCUGGGAGACAAGCAGAUGGAGUCCAAGGUGACGCUGGUGUACGGCCAGAUGAACGAGCCGCCCGGCGCGCGCGCCCGCGUGGCGCUGACUGGCCUCACCGUGGCCGAGUACUUCCGCGACGAGGAGGGGCAGGACGUGCUGCUGUUUGUGGACAACAUCUUCCGCUUCACGCAGCUGGGAAUCUACCCGGCGGUCGACCCGCUGGACUCGACCUCCCGCAUGCUCAACCCGCGCAUCCUGGGCGACGAGCACUACGGAGUGGCGCGUGGCGUGCAGAAGGUGCUGCAGGACUACCGCAACCUGCAGGACAUCAUCGCCAUCCUGGGCAUGGAUGAGCUCAGCGAGGAGGACAAGAUGACGGUGGCGCGCGCCCGCAAGAUCCAGCGUUUCCUCUCCCAGCCCUUCGCCGUGGCGGAGGUGUUCACCGGCACGCCUGGCAAGUACGUGGAGCUGAAGGACACGAUUGCCGACUUCAAGGGCGUGCUGGACGGCAAGUACGACGACCUGCCCGAGAUGGCCUUCUACAUGAACGGCGACAUCAAGGAGGUGAUGGACAAGGCCGACCGGAUGGCGGCGGAGAUUGCGGGCAAGUAG